UUCACCGUUUAUAUAGAAGAGUUUUGUAGUCGAAAUCGCUUUUGGGGAUUGUGGUAAAAAUUUCUGAUGUCGAGUUAGGGUUCGAAAUGGAGAUGGGUUUGGAUUUAUAGUUGUAUAAACUCGGAUAGGGAUUCUAAUUAUGGCUUAAUGGUUUGCGGAUUGAAAAUCAAAUAGGGGUUAUGGAGUUAGGGUUAAAAAAUUUGGGGGUUUCGAUAAUUGGUUUGAAAUAGUAAACUGGGUUGGAUAGACGGUUCUUUUGAUCGAUUAAUGGUAGACUUUUGCGUAUUGAAAAUCAAAUAGGGGCUAAUCAUUUCAAGUUUUGUGUUUCAGAUGGAUCCCUUAGAAGAGAUAAGAGAUAGUAAGAGGCAACUAGAGUUCUUAAACCACCUGGGAGACGUGGCCGAUUCGGAAUAUGGGAUGCCCAGAAGAUGUGCUUGUGGUGGGAGAAUGAUUGACGAGCUUCGAGUGAAGGAUGAGUUCGACACUCAGCCUGGGAAGCGCUUCUUCAGCUGCGUUAACUAUGAGGCUGAUGGUUUGCAUUAUCGGCAGCCUUGGGUUAUAGGUGUGCAGGAGGAGAUGGUACGCCUGCGUAAGCGUGUUGAGGAGGGUGAUGAGGUGAUCAAGGGGGUGCCCAUUCUCGAUAAACAGAUUGAGAGUGUUGAGGCACAAGUUAAAAGGCUGACUUUGCUGGUUGAUAAGCUCACUGGUGACGUGUACAACCUCACAGUGCAGGUGGCUGCUCUGGAGAAUGUCUGUUUCGACUGAAAUCCAACAGGUAAACAUUCCUACUAAACUGAAGUUGAAGUUCUUUCCGCGUAGGUUGCUUGUUGUAAUUGAACUGAUACUUAACUUAGGUAGGAACUCAACUAGUUUCAUUAAAUAUCUAGAGUAGGAGCUGUACUAGAACAUGAUAGUUUGAAAGCUGAUUUAGUUGAAAAUGUAUGGCAAAAAUUUGGUAACUUAGAUGAAUAAUCUUUGUAUCUUCAUCAAUUAUCAAUGUAAUGAAUAAAUUUUAUUUAUAAAAUUUAUUUUACAAUAUUAUAUUUACCUUUUCAAAAUAAUUUCAAAAGUCAAAAAAAAUUAUAAAUAUAUUUUUUAAUUCUUAUGAACUCCUAUAGAGGUUCACUAAUGUAGAAGCACAAUAGCAUGAAGUUCAAUACUAUUCAUGGCCCUACCCAAAGAAUAUUAAAAAAAUGCUAUGAACCCCAAAGAGGGGUUCACUAAUGUGGAUGCUCUUAGAUCUUAGACCAUUCAUUUCUCUGGAGAAUCUGUUGUAGUGGGGACCCACCUUAGCUCUUUGCUUGCACGACUUGCUUGGCCCAUCAUCAUUGGUAAAAUGAUUAUUAUAUUAAAAAAUAUAUGCGAAAAUCGUCAGUAUGAAAUUGCUAAAGUUUAGACUUGGCAUUGGGAAG